AAUCUGUAAAUGUCUUCCGGACAGUCGACCCUCAUCUCCCGGGCGGCGGCGCCCCGAAAUGGCGUGAUUCUCCGCCGCAAAGCCGCUCCUCUUGCUCUACCACUCACGAAACCCUAACUGACCCAGCGAUCAACCGUCCGCCGAACCCGAUGAAGGCGUCGAUCAAGUUCCGCGACGACGACCGGCCGCUGAUGCGGGCCAAGGUGCCGAUCGGCGUGCUCGGGCUGCCGUUCCAGUCCGGCCUCUCCGCGGGCGGCGACCUGAAGGAGCUCCGCUUCGACCUCUCCACCGCCUUUACCUCCUGCCCGGCGCUCCGGCUCUCGUACCGCCCCAACGACCCCGGCCUCCCCUUCGCGCUCUCCGUCCGCGCCGGCCUCGGCCCGCUCGGUUCUCCCGCCCGCGCCCCCUUCGCCCUCGCCGCCGAGUUCAACCUCCUGUCCUCCGACCCGUCCUCGCCCGCCUUCUUCCUCCGGCUCAAGCCCCGGCUCGGCGACUUCUCCCUCUCCCACACGCUCCGCUCCUCCUCCGCCGCUUCCUCGCCUCCACCCCGUAAGAUUGGGGAGAUCUCCGAUGGCGACGGACAUGUCCACGAGCACGAGAUCAACUACAAGGCGUUCUCGUUUAGUGGGAGUGGUCUCGCGGCGGAUGUUGCAGCGGCGGGGAGGAGCAGCGGGGUCGGCGCGCUGCUGUCCGGGAUGCAGCUGACGACGAGGAGCGUGCUCCCGCUGUGGGGCAGGGCGAGCCUGCGGUUCAACUGGGGCCUCCGCGUGCCGCCGGAGCUGCAUCCCGCCGCGCUCGCUGACGGCCGCAAGGACGCGCGCGCGCCCGUCAGCAAGAUGCCGCUGCUGGUCAUGAGCAAGAUCUCCAUCGAGCAGUCGCCGCGCGCCGACGCGGACAAGAAGGGCGGCAGAACAGAAGCCUCGCCUCCAGCCGCCUUGACCUCCACGGACGAGUCGGAUGGCGCAGGGCUUGGCGGCGAGGUGGCGUUCUCGCUGGUGAGGCGGCAGCUCGAGGCGCUGAACGUGGACAACAUGAUGCUACGGCGCGCCGUGGAGGACCUCCGCGCCGAGAUCCGUAACGGCAGGGCCGCGUCCUCUGCCUCUGGAGCCGAGGCCAGGAGGGCGGCAGCACCACCGCCACCUCCGCAGCCUUAUCACGCGUUCCCUACGAAGCCGGAUCGCCGGGGCAGCGGGAAGGAGCCGGCGUCCGAGACCGCGGGAAAGGUUGCUGCGCCGGAUGAGCUGGGCGAGGAGCUGAAGAAGGCCCUGGAGGCGCGCCGGAGGUGAGCCAGCCGUGGCAGCUCACUGCCGCCUGCCCCCUGUCUCUGUUAAUCUUGGGCUUCAUAGCACUAGUAAUCUGCGAGCAGUGGUGAAAUUUAUGAGCCCAAUCGAGGUGCGCAUUGCUCAAGUGCUCAAGGUGAAAGUGAAACCCAACUGUUUAUCCCUGUUGCUUAAUGCUUACUUGGGCAAAUAAAGUGUUCAGCUGCUGAAGUAGCAAGUAUA